AUGAAUAACACAUGUUUCUCAUUGCAAAAUUUGGGGGACGAUGGUGGCGAUGGUGUUUCAACGAUCAAAAAAGAUCAAAUAUUGGAACGUUUGAAUAAACGCAAUAAGGAAAGACAAAAUUAUUUGGAUGUGAAAUUGGAACAGAGACACAAAGAGACCCAAGACUCAGAGGGCGCCGACUAUUUUUCGCAGGCCUUUGCCGAUAAGGUCAGGGAAAUAGAAGUCCGCGUCAAAAAUAUUAGUGAAAUAUCUGCUAAGAAGUCUGUAGGUGAAGGUACCAGCAUUGAUAUAGCGCGACAUUUUACCGAAAUUACUAUGGAAAUACAAGAGCUGCAGAGAUAUCUGACAAAUUCAACCAUGUUUCUCACAGACUUCAAAAUAAAGGCUUGUCAAAGCAUUGUCAAUGAUUUGAUGCAAACAUGUGAAGAGGCAAAACUAAAACUUAUGCCCAAAAAGAAAUUUGGAUUCAGCGGACGAAAAGUGACCCCAAAACCAUCUCUGAACCCGAAAUUGGCUAAAAGCGACAACUUAGAUGGCGUAGACAAUAGCGAGCUUCCAGCCGCAGUAUGCAGCAGCAAAGUUAACUGGACCCUAUGCAACAGAACCAAUGAAUAUAUAUGCCUAGCAGGAGAUGCAGUUCACAGCAAAGAUAUAACAAUUGCAAAUUUAAAAAACUGCUUCGUCGAACUGCAAGGACCGGCCGGAUCCGUGCAAAUUUCUCAUUGCUCCGACUGCACAUUCCUCUGCGGCCCCAUCGCUCGUUCCUUGUUUGCAGAUUUUUGUAACAACUGUUCGCUUGGUGCCGCUUGUCAACAAAUGAGGUUGCACUCUUCGUCUCAAUGCCAAAUUUAUUUGCAUGUCACCUGUCGCGCCAUCAUUGAGGACUGCAAACACAUUGAAAUUGCACCCUACAACUAUGACUACUCCAGCAUAGAGGACGAUUUUUCUACAGCCAGUCUCAACAAGGAACUCAACAAUUACAAAGACGUGGCAGACUUUAACUGGCUUUCCCCGGACGUACCCUCACCCAAUUGGCAUUUAGUCAAGAACUGUCCAUCGGUCAAUUGGAACGAAAAGAGACAAGAGUUUCUUUCGCGCAGAGUAGACAACGCGUCCUUAUAGUCCUCAGAUAAUGCAAAACAAAAUCCAGCGAAUGUGCUCUGCAGAAAUGUAUCAAGAAUUAUUUUUGUUUUCCUAGUUGUAGUCGGCAGCAUACACUGUGUUGAUAUAUUCCAAGCACUUUGUAAUUUUUUGGCAUUCAAAUUAACUUAUUUCUUUUUAUUGUUUUCUUAUCCUAACGAUAGUUACUCCAAGUCUUAAAACCCGGUACUUCAAAGUACGAUAAAAAUUUUUUUUAUUUUCCUUAGUUCUACAUGUAUCAUGAUAAUUUUUUUUCUUAAAUACAAAUAACACUUAACACUCUACCAUAAAAAGUACGAAUUUGCAAUACAUAAUUUAAAUUAUAUAUAUAUAUAUGAAAUUUGAAAAUUGACGUUUUUUUAUUUGUAUAUAGUUGGACAUCUUUGUCAAUCAGGUGUGUUCUGCGGGUUCACUUUUCCCAUCAAAUCAAUUUGUUAUUGUAACACCAAUAAAGUGUUUAAUUAUCAUUGA